ACCCAGAUAAGAAAGGCAGAAGUGAUUUUUUCGGUCACUUGUGAAGCUGGAGAGACCAGAGAAAUCUUUCUUCUUUGAGUUUUCUUUUUGUUUGGACUUUCAGAGGAAAAAGAAUCAUCGGUUCUGAUUCUGCUUGCUUUUUUCUGGAUCUGUUCCUAAUAACUGGAUCAAACUAAGAAGGAGGAGGAGGAGGAGAACCUACACUUGACUGAGCAGUGACAUGAGCAUCUUCCUCUUCAGUGAGGGGGGAGCUGGAGUCCCUCUGGUGUCUCUGGUUUAAUUUAAACGGCGUCUUUAGGAAUCAUAAAGCGAUUCCAGCGUCUGUCCCCUGAUGGGUCCAAAGACUCCUGAGUCCUGCUCCUCCUAAGACCAGGGAGGUCAGUGACAGCAUCUUCUUCUGACCUUCUGAGCCCUGAGAACCGGUUGGUCCUGCGGAGGAGAGCGUGCCAUGAGGGGCCUCAGCCCGGCGCUGCUCCUGCUGCUGUGCAGUCUGGCGCUCCUCACUCCUGCAGCCGCCGCAGAGCGAGGAGGAGCAGGAAGGAGCCAGCGAAGAGGGAGCUCAGAGAAGAGGAGGAGGUUGCAUCGCAUCCAGCACGGCCACUGCAGCUACACCUUCCUCCUGCCGGAGCUGGACGGGUGUCAGGGCGGGGGGCCACCUGCGCAGGCGGAGCAGCAUGGGAGUGUUGCACAGAGAGACUCGCCGCCCGUGGACGGAGAGUGGUCCGCCCAGAAGCUGCAGCACCUGGAGAGCAUCAUGCAGAACAACACGCUGUGGCUGCAGAAGCUGGAGACCUUCAUACAGAAGAACCUGAGGAGAGACGUGGCCAACAUUCGGUCUCAUGUUGUUCACAACCAAACAGCCACAAUGCUGGAGAUUGGAACCAAUCUGCUGACGCACACAGCGGAGCAGACACGCAAACUCAACGUGGUGGAGGCCAAGGUGCUGAAUCACACGUCUCGGAUUGAGAUCCAGCUUCUGGAGAAUUCUUUGUACACCAACAAGCUGGAGAAGGAGCUCCUGCAGCAGACCACUGAGAUCAGGCAGCUGCGAGACAAAAACAGCCGCUUGGAGAGCAAAGUUCAGAGGCUGGAGUCCCAGCAGAGAGGAGAGCUGCAGGACAUGAGGGAGGAGAAGAACAAGCUGCAGUCGGUGGUCCGGACUCAGAUGACGGCCAUAGAGGCUUUGGAGAAGCAGCUGAGGGUGGCGAGCAGCAACAACACGGCUCUGCAGAGGCAGCAGGCGCAGCUGAUGGAGUCCGUGCAUACGCUCAUCACCAUGGUGACCAGCACCACAGGCCCGCCUCCUCAGAGCCAGGCGUGGAGAGACUGCGCAGACGCUUAUAAAGCUGGCCACUCGCUCAGUGGACUGUACCAUCUCUACAUCAGCAACAGGACCGAGCCUGUGCAGGUGUACUGCGACAUGGAGACCAGCGGUGGAGGCUGGACGCUCUUCCAGCGGCGCUUCAACGGCAGUGUGGACUUCCAGAGGAGCUGGAGGGAGUACAAAGAGGGUUUUGGAGACAUGCUGGGAGAACACUGGCUGGGAAAUGAAGCGUUAUACCAGCUGACCAGUCAGAGCCAAUACACCAUGAGGGUGGAGCUUAAAGACUGGGAGGGAAACUCUGCACAUGCCCAGUACGACCGCUUCACCCUGACCAGUGAAAGACAGCAGUACAGGUUGUAUCUCAGAGGUUACAGUGGAACGGCAGGUAAGCAGAGCAGCCUGAACCCGCAUGGAGCCGGCUUCAGCACCCGAGACCAGGACAACGACAACUGUGACCACUGCAAAUGUGCCCUGAUGCUCACCGGAGGUUGGUGGUUCGAUGCCUGUGGGUUCUCCAACCUAAAUGGGAUCUACUACACCGUCGGCCACAACAUCCGGAAGCUGAACGGCAUCAAGUGGCACCACUUCAGAGGUCCCAGCUACUCUCUGCACUCCACUUCCAUGAUGGUACGACCUUACGACUUCUGACCCCGCCUCCAAAAGACUCCUGAGACCUGCCUUCAGCAUCAGGACCCCCCAAUGGAUCCUCCCUGUGGUUUUCAACCCCAGCCCUAAACCAUCGCUCACUCGGAUCCACGAUGGCUGCUAUGAUGGAGAACAGGGGGAUUGUGUUGAGGUUUCUCCGUUCUUUCUUGCAUCUCAGAGGUUUACAGUGAUGGGUUUUACCUCCUUCCUCUGAACACCUUCAUAGGAUUUUGUGCAUCAAACCUGAAGAGCAUCCAGUUUAAAGCUAGUUUUUCCCAACAUAAGAAAUCCUAAAGCUUUGGCGACGAUAUAUAACAUCAGAAACUGAAUCCUUUCACUCCAUCAUAAACCUGAAGAGCAGUUCUGGUCUCUGCAGCGUCUCCGCCCUCAGAUGCAGCUCAGUUUGAAAAGAGGAUCUUCCUGCACCAAAGCAGCAUUUGUGAUGGAGACUCUGUGGAACGUGAGAGCGCACUGGGAUGUAUCCGUGCAGCCGCUGACGUGUCAGGAACACAACAGCCAAUCAGUCCAGUCACCAGCUGACGGGGAUUCCUGCCUCCUUGGUCUGAAGUGGGGGCCAAAUGAAAGCCCUCAGACAGAAACUCGAUCACAAAUGUGGCUCAUCUUUCUGAGAUGAAGAAACACAAAAAGAGAGUUUCUGAAAGGACUUUCCGAACAAAGACGUGUUGAUAGAAAAACGGAGCUCUGAAGGACAGAAAGUGUGGUGCUUGCAGCUGGACAGACCCUGGGAGUAAGCAGACACGUUUAUGGAAAUAAAUCCAGUCCAUGUCCAUGUGGUAACACUUCAUGAAGCGAGGAACCGACAGGAUGAAGUAAAUAACAAACAGGUUGGAUCCAGAUCUAACUGUUUUUAAUGUCUGGAUGAAAUUUUGAGCAACAGGACAAACAAAAGAGGACAAAAAAAGGAAAACUCUCAGCAGAGUCUGAGCUCAGAAGCAAAGACAUGAAGUGUGUUGACUGAUUGAUGCUUUUCCUAUUUUGAGAUGGAUUUUGCGUUUGAUGCUCCUGAGGCGCUCAUGCAGAUGUACCUGUGUCUCUGGACAUAUUUAUUGUAUUCAAGGCAUUGGUUUAUUAAAAAGAUCAACUUUUUGUUAACAUCUGAGCUGUUUGUCGUCUGCACCAAAAUGUGCAUGCGUGUCAUGGUUCAUA